AUGGAAUCUGCCAUUCGAGAUGCCCCAUUCGGGCAGCUUGUUCGUCUUUUGACAAACAAUAAAUACUUCCAAUAUCCCGAAGAAAAGCCUGACUUCAAGCUUCCCGACACAUGGCUCCAAUUGUUGAACUCUAGCGAUGAAAGCAACGAAAAGAAAAUCAUCCAACAAGAUUUUAACCGAAGCCAUGAAUACAGCGAGCCUUUAAGCCGAGCUUCUACCCAAACAUCCCUACAAUUCACCGAAGCUCGUCUCGAGGCCGACGAACAACAUGAGAUUGAAAAAGUCAAGUCUAUCCCCAUCGCCCCCGGGAAAACAAAAGACGGUUCCAUCCUUGUUGAUUGGUACUAUACCGAUGAUUCAGAGAAUCCACACAACUGGUCCAAUCGCAAGCGUGCUCUCAUCACUACCAUGAUCUGUCUAUAUACCUUUGUGGUGUAUACCACUUCUGCAAUCUACACCUCCUCAACAGAGGGUGUCAUGAAGGAGUUCGGCGUGAGCACCUUGGUCGCUACUUUGGGGUUGUCACUUUAUGUUCUGGGAUAUGGUAUCGGACCCUUGGUCUUCUCUCCACUGAGUGAAAUCCCCGUGAUUGGACGCAAUCCAGUCUACAUCGUCACAAUGUUCCUCUUUGUGAUCAUCUCCAUCCCAACAGCCUUGGUUGACAAUUUCGCUGGUCUGAUGGUGCUACGCUUUCUACAAGGGUUCUUUGGCUCGCCCUGUCUUGCAUCUGGAGGUGCUUCCAUUGGAGACCUGUAUAGCCUCAUGGCCCUGCCUUACGCCAUGAUGGCCUGGGUUUCUGCAGCCUACUGUGGACCCGCUCUCGGCCCUCUUCUCAGUGGCUUCGCCGUCCCCGUCAAAGGUUGGCGCUGGUCCCUCUUCGAAUCAAUCUGGGCCUCCGCCCCAGUUUUCAUCCUGAUGUUUAUGUUCCUCCCGGAAACCAGCAGCGCAACAAUCCUGCUCCGACGUGCCGACCGUCUCCGUAAAAUUCACAAUAGCAACCGCUUCAUGUCACAAUCCGAGAUUGACCAGCGCAACAUGCGUGUCUCAGCCAUUGCCAUCGACGCUCUGAUCAAGCCCAUGGAAAUCACCAUCAAGGAUCCCGCCGUCCUCUUCGUCCAGAUCUACACAGCCAUCAUCUACGGCAUCUACUACUCCUUCUUCGAAGUCUUCCCUUUGGUCUACCCAACCGACUACAACAUGAACCUCGGCCAGAUUGGUCUAGUCUUCCUGUGUAUCCUGGUUUCAUGCAUUAUCGGCAUUGCCAUCUACGCCAGCUACAUCCACUUCUGGACAAAUCGUCGCAUCCGUAGCUUCGGCCUCCCCGCAAAUGAGGCUUUCCUUAUUCCUGCCCUGCCUGCAUCUUUUGGUCCCACGAUUGGUCUUUUCGUCUUUGCCUGGACGGCUCGUGCGUCUAUUCAUUGGAUUGUGCCUACCAUUGGUAUCACCAUCUAUGGUGCUACGGUUUUCAUCGUCAUGCAGUGCAUCUUCAUUUACAUCCCCCUCACCUACCCCAAAUACGCGGCUAGUCUGUUCGCUGCGAAUGAUUUCUUCCGCAGUGCGCUUGCAUGUGGCAGUGUGUUGUUUGCGCAUCCGCUGUUUGGGAACUUGGGUGUUGCUCGAGGUGUCAGUCUUCUUGGUGGACUGAGUGUCAUUGGUAUCAUUGGUAUCUGGCUGCUUUACUUCUAUGGUAGCAGGCUUCGUGCUUUGAGCAAAUUUGCUAUCUCGGAGGAGGUGGAAUGA